AUGCAAGCCGAAAGGCGGAAAUCAAUGGCCGAACGACGUCCUUCAACACUGAAUCGGUCGUCGUUCAGUGCAGAACGGACGGGCUCUAGCACGGUGGUGCCUCACUUGGCAGGAAUUGAAGAUCCGUUGCCCAACAUUACCCCCGAAAAAGUGGACGUGGUUUUAGUGGGCACAGGUCUUGUCGAAAGCAUCUUGGCUGCGGCCCUUUCAUGGCAGGGGUCGAGUGUUUUGCAAAUCGACGCCAACCCUUACUACGGGGACACAUCUGCUACGCUGACAAUUGACCAAUUGAAGCAGUGGGUGCAGGAAACCAACAAUGGCCAAUCCAAAUGCUACGAAAACGCUAAACUUCACAUAUCAGGCCUCGUCGGCAGAGGCUCUUACAAGUCGCGGGAUUUCGGCAUCGACCUCUCGCCCAAAAUUCUGUUUGCGAAAUCGGACUUGCUGUCGAUUCUACUGAAGUCGCGCGUGCAUCAAUAUCUAGAGUUCCAGUCACUAUCAACCUUCCACACUUACGAAAACGAUUCUUUUGAAAGGCUCACAAACACAAAACAAGAAAUCUUUACCAACCCCUCUCUCCCGCUGAUGACAAAAAGAAAUCUCAUGAAAUUUAUAAAGUUCGUCUUGAACUGGUCUAACCAGCCCGAGGUUUGGGAAGCGUACAAGGAUAAGCCGGUUGCUUCAUUCCUGGUGGAGAAGUUUAAGCUAGAACGUGCUCAAGUGUAUGAGUUGAUUUUUUCCAUCGGAUUGUGUUACAACAUUGAUGUCAAAACUCCUGAGGCAUUGCAAAGAAUCAGGCGAUACCUCACCAGUUUUGAUGUGUAUGGACCUUUCCCCGUUCUAUAUUCCAAGUACGGAGGACCUGGGGAAUUAUCUCAAGGAUUUUGUCGUUCGGCUGCCGUCGCUGGCGCCACCUACAAGCUCAAUGAGCGCAUGAUUUCUUACAAUCCAGACUCCAGGAUAGCAGUUUUUAGCGACGGUUCGAAAGUUAGCGUGACGGAGAAGGUUGUUAUGGCCCCUACACAAUGUCCGAAAAACAGCGAAAAUGUUCCUGAGCAGAAAUAUGAGGUUCAGCGACUAACAUGUGUGGUCGAUAAAACCUGUUCUGAAUGGUUUACUGAAGGUGAGCAUGCCGCCGUAGUGGUGUUUCCCCCUGAUUCUCUGAAAUCGGGCAAUCGUCAAGCAGUGCAAGUGGUGAUAAUGGGAGCAGGAAGUGAUGUUUGUCCUAUGGGCACAUCGGUGUGGUAUUUGAGUACCACGGAAAGUGGCGUUAGAGGCGAAAUGGAUCUCGAUGCGGCGCUGGGUGCCCUAGAGGAAAGUAUAAUGCGCGAGUCCUCAGCGGAUUUAGAAAACGAUCAAGGAAUAUUGGAAGUGGACAACCAGGGGCAUAUGACGUUGAACUCGGUUAAACUUGGACAGUCUUUCAAGGAGCAUUCUCAAAGAGAGAAGUUACAGGUUCUUGUGAAGCUGUACUACAAACAGUUCACUUCGACUCCUCCAUUCGAGGUCGUGGACCCGUCUAUAUUUGACCUAGAUGGAGCGGCGAACGGGAAAUUGGUGCCUGGAGCCAGCGACAAUGGCGUGAUUUACACUUCGCUCCCUUCGGCAGAAAUAUCUUACGACGAGGCCAUCACAGCGGCACGCCUGUUGUUUCAGAAAAUUGUUGGCAGCGAUGACGACUUCUUCGACCUGGAUUUUGAAGAUGAGGACGAGGAUGUGCAAAUGGAUGAAUCCGCAGUUAUUGACGAUGACGAUGUUGAGAAAAUGAAUAUGAACUUGGAUUCAGAGAUGAGUGUGGAACCGGUAGAAUUCGCAGGCGAAAUGGAAAUAUGA